UUUCCAAAGCGGGUCGAUUUUAACAGUUUGAGGAUCCAAACCCGACCCAAGGUAGUUGGGAUCUCAAAUUCCGAUAAGCAAGAGACGCUGACACUUUAACGUUCGAAUUCACCAAACCCCUCAGCCUUUCUAGCAACAAAAGUCCCCUGGUCAGAUCAGCCUCUCUCAUUUCUCCAACCUACCUUUUUUAUUUUUUAUUAAUUUCUCAUUUUCCAAUUAUUUAUCUGCCCAUUUGAGUUUACCACAUUUUGAUUAACUGCAUUGGAGGAUAUCGGGGAGAGUAGGGUAUAUGGUGUAAAUGGCGUCGGAGAGGGAAAGUUUCGACCUUUCAGGACCAUUGCUCCUAACUUCCAUUGACUGGCAGAAUACUCAGCAUCAAAGAUCUGUUGCUGCCUGUUUGGUUGAGGGUGUCUACAUUCUUGAACGGGACCGCCAAGAGGAACGAGAAGGGCCCCAGGCCCUUGCUCCUCCUUGGUGGGAGUUCUUCCAUUUUAAGCUGCUCCGUAAGCUUGUGGAUGAUGUUGGUUUCUCUAUCUUUGGUGCCGUAUAUGAGUUUAAACCUCCACCCUCUCUUUGUAACCAUCCAUCGGAAGGAAGCCCUUGUUAUGUAAUUGCUUUCCGAGGCACCAUAACGAAGUAUGACUCAGUCUCACGAGAUCUUGAGUUGGAUAUUGAGGUGAUCCGAAAUGGACUUCACAGGACAUCUCGCUUUGAGAUUGCUAUGCAAGCUGUCCGAAAUAUGGUUGCUGCAUCAGGUCCUUCAAAUGUUUGGUUAGCUGGCCACUCCUUGGGGUCAGCCAUGGCAAUGCUUGCUGGAAAAACUAUGGCUAGCUCUGGCAAUUAUCUCAAAUCUUUUCUCUUCAAUCCGCCAUUUGUGUCGGCCCCAAUAGAGAGGAUUAAGGAUAAGAGAGUGAAGCAUGGCCUUCGGAUUGCAGGCAGUGUGAUUACUGCAGGACUCACUCUUGCUAUGAAGGCUAAACAACAACAACAUCAUCAACACAGAAGUCGACCAGAAAAUGAACCAUUCACUACUCUAGCUGCAUGGUUCCCUGGUCUAUUUGUCAAUCCAUCUGAUGACAUCUGCUCUGAAUAUAUAGGGUAUUUCGAACACAGGAAGAAGAUGGAGGACAUUGGAGCAGGGGCCAUUGAGAGGUUAGCAACUCAGAAUUCUCUAGGGGGUCUACUGAUGCACGCGAUGGGAAAGAAAGCAGCGCCCGAGCCCCCAUUGCACCUCAUUCCUUCGGCGAACCUGACAGUUAAUUUAACCCCUUCAAGGGAUCUGAAAGAAGCCCAUGGAAUUCACCAAUGGUGGAGAGACGACCUGCAAUUGCUUUCCGAGGUCCACAAAUACAAAUAGUUUUCGGUGUUAUUAUUUUGCCGUGUGCUAGUAUCUUUGUGUGAGCAGUAAAGAAGCCUCCAAGCUUGUUUACAUCAGCCAUCAUUUUGGAAAGAAAAAAGCAAAGAAAUGAGGAAGAAGAGCAAUUGGGAGGCUGUUUGGUUCUGAUAGUGUGAAGCUGUUUACUAAAGUUUUUGUUGAUCGGAGUAUGAACGAUAUUGAUUCUACAUAAGUUGUUUAUUCAUUUAUUUGAUUGGAAUGUAAAUCACAAUGAUUACGAAGA